UGCAGCACCUCACUGCAACGAGCAAUGCUUUCUUCUGCCCCUCUCUCUCCUCUUCCCAAAAUUUCCAUCAAAUCUCCGUACCCUGCGCCUCAACGGAACAGAUUCCGGCGGCUGUUUAUUGCUAACACCGCCAACGCCUAUGAGGAAAGGUCCAAUCUUUACCCUAGUCCUCCACGGAUGGCAUCGUGCAAAUCGCUGUACGAGAUUCUGGGGAUUCCUGUGGGAGCCACGAGCCACGAGAUCAAGUCAGCUUACCGGCGAUUGGCGAGGACAUGCCAUCCUGACGUCGCUUUGGAUCGGAAGGACACGUCGGCGGACGAGUUUAUGAAAAUUCAUGCUGCGUACUCCACUCUAUCGGAUCCUGAGAAACGCGCCGUUUAUGAUCGCAAGUUUUUCAGAAGGAACGGGCCGUUGACCUCCAGUUUUCCGGGGUAUCGUGGCCGGAAUUGGGAAACGGACCAGUGCUGGUAACUGAGGUGGCUUACCUGGUUUGCUUACUGGGUUUAGCUAAUCAGAGAGAUUAUAGCAUGAAACCGAACUUGCAGUUAUGGCAAUAUGAACUCUGCAUAUACAAACAACUGCUACUGCUAACUUGCUUGCGUCGCCACAGAUGGAAGUUUUCCACCAGUAAUCAGAGCCGUAAAUAGACCAGUAAAUUGAGACAUGCCUUAUUUUGUAAUUUAAAUCUUCCAUAUUAAUAAUAUUAAAUAACACUUUUAUUUAUUUAAAAGAUAA